UUUUUGCCACUUUGUUUUCACUGUUCUCUUGACAUUUUUGGAUUGCAACUGCUGUAUCUUGUAGUUUAGCCUGCAGUUAGCUUUUGCUAUGUUAGUCUCUUGGUGGCGCUAGACUUUGGUGCAGUCAUUUGUGCUAUUGGAGGUUUUUGGUGUGUUAACUCUGCGGCCGACGGGUGGGUGCACACUGCAGUCCGGUUGUCAUUUUUCGCCAAAGGGCCGCCAUCGUGGCUGGCUGGCUCACUGUGUGUUGUUGCAGCAGGUAGGUGGCUCUGCUGCAUCGCCAGAAGUACUGUUAUUUUCCAGAGAAAUGUCCGUUUUCUUUUGUCAUUUCUAGCAUUAGUCAUCAUGCAGGAAUAUAAAUAGUAUCUUAUAACAUUUGAGCAGCCAAUGAUGGUCAGCCCUGGUUCAUGAUGACCUUGAUGUCGAUGCCUGUUAAAUGACAGAAAAAGAGCUCAGAACUAUGACUUCCUCUAGUGGUAGAAGUUUGUUGGAAGAGGGCGGAAAACUCCCACCUCUGCAGUUUCUUGCUUUUUCAUUCCACCCCACCGCAGCAGUGUCGUUGAGGAGUUCCUGGUUCCAUUCUGCUUGAGAUGUGUGACGGGUGGGAUUGUGGCAGGAUAACAAAACAAUAAAGGCUUUGUGCGAGGGUCCCGCCAUGACUGGAUUGUUGGUUGUGAGGGGAGGGGGGUAGUCAGGGUUUAGCGAAGCGUAGCCACUUCAUUAGUCAGGGCUCUCCUAUUGCACCUCCUCCUGCACCCAUCCAUCCUCCCUCCCCUCCUCCCCUGUCAUCCCACCACUGCCUCUCCUGCCAUGCUGACUCUGAAGCCAGAGGCAGAGCGGACAGCGCCGAGGAAAGUGCUGCUUCACCUCCACAGCUUUCGCAGCGAUGUUUCGGAUCUAAUGGUGAUGCGGUGCUGCCGUUUCGUGACCAAUCAACCGAUGAGAAUGACAGCGUGAGCCUCACGUGAUCACUGACAUGGCUGUCCAAACUGGCAUCCAGGUUUGGUUCGGGGAGAGGUUCAACACUCCCUUCAAGUGCCCAAACGGCCCGCGCAGCCCGUUGACCCAGCGGCACGGCCCUGGCCUGGCAGACGUCUUCCAGUACGACCAGUGGCUCUCGGUGCGACAUGAGGCCACUCUGGUGCCGAUGCAGGAGGACCUGGCCAUCUGGCUCAGCGGCAUGCUGGGUGAGGAGGUCAGAGCUGAGUUUUUCAUGGAGGAGCUGAACAAUGGCGUGAAGCUCUGUCAGCUCAUCGGCGUGCUGCAGACAAAGAUCGCCCAGAGCUGCCCCUCUGCACUUGCCAAGCUCUUCUCCACGACGAAGGUUCCCUGUAAACGUGAUGCGUCUCCUGGCUCCUUCUUCGCCCGCGACAACACAGCUAACUUCCUGGCCUGGUGCCGACACAUCGGCAUGGAGGAGACAUACCUGUUUGAGUCGGAGGGUCUAGUGCUGCACAAGGAGCCACGGCAGGUUUGCCUGUGUCUGCUGGAGAUCGGACGCAUCGUCUCCAAGUAUGGCGUGGAGCCUCCGGUGCUGGUCAAGCUGGAGAAAGAGAUCGAGCUGGAGGAGAGUCGGCUGAUGACCGAGGAGGCGCCGCCUGCGGUCAAGACCUUCAGCGUGUGCUGCCAGCACGGCGGCCUCUACCAGCCUGGGGAACACGGCAUGGACGACCCGCCUUGCAACUGCUCCAACAGAGUCUCCAUUGAGUACCUGUCUGAGGGCAGGUACCGACUGGGAGACAAGACCAUCUUCAUCAGGAUGCUUCACGGAAAGCACGUCAUGGUCCGAGUUGGUGGCGGCUGGGAUACGCUGCGGGGCUUCCUCACCAAGUACGACCCGCUGCGAGUCUUGCAGUUCACCACUCUGGAGCAGAAGAUUCUGGCCUUCCAGAAAGGACCCCCCGGGCUGGGCGGUCACCACAGCAACACGGCCCCGCCCCCACCAGACAUGGACCCCCUGACUGCCGUCAACAACCUCAUGUCCUCCUCCGCCUCGUCGUCUUCCUCAGCAUCUUCUUCUUCGUCCUCAUCCUCGCCUGGUCCAUCCUGCAAAGCGCAGACGUGUCGGUCCUACGCUGCGUCCCCAGCAUGCACGCCCACACUGCCCAGAAAGGGAGCGGUAGCAUCACAAGAGAAGCCCUCUCCCUCUUCACUGAGGAAGCCCACCCAGCUACCGUUACCUAUCCCCUCAAAGGGCUCCUCCUCUCUGCCAACAACACCAGUGGGAGGAGCCAAGACACCAACCCUGGGAUCUCAGGGAGUCCAACGUCGAGCUGUGACUCCUUCUGCUGCGCCAUCAUCGGCCAACCCCAAACAGAAGCUCAGGCCACUUCCUCGUUGUGCCACCACCACACCACGGAGCCCCGUCUGUGCAGAACCGUCCUCUAAAUGCCUCAAGCCCUCCAGCCCACUCACCUCUCCCACCUCCCUCCCCCGCCCAGUCCCUAAGGAUGCAAGGCCACCAUUGGGUGUUACCCAGCGCUCUCGCCUUGCUCAGCGGCGCCCGGGCUCACCAGCCUCCCGCCUCCGUCUAGAUACAGGCAGGCGGGUUCGCCCCGCGGCGGCAAGUCCUCCGCCAUGGACCCCUUCUCCCAACUCUCAAAGCCCCACCCCCUCGCAGCCUAAACCCUCCUCAGCAUUACCCAAACUUAAAGACGCCAAAGCCAAGGCUCCGACCACAACCAGGGCCACCGCCUCUCCUGCCCCCGGGCGGGUCCCGGGAGCCAACCCAGGACCCCCUGCCACCAACAAAACCCAGAAAGCGGCGACUACAGGACAGAAACAAGCCCCACUCGGUGGUGGUAGUAGCAAUCGGACUCCAAAGCCAGUGUCAACUCAAGCCCCAAAACUCAACAUGAAAGCGACAAAAACCGAACCCACCGUUGCCAAGAAGACCCCGGCAGCCACUGUGAAGCGUGAGGAGCCAUAUUUUGAGCUGUCCAGCCGGACACGACAAAAACCAGCACUUGUCUGACCAAUUAAACUAACACUAAUGAUAUUUAAGUUUUUCUUUUAAUCCCAAAAAAAAGGGUCGAAGGUGGCGCUCUUUGUCCGUCUCGUCUCUGUGAUCGAUCAAAUCUAAUUCUUAUGUGUUCGUUUACAUUUGGGUGUAGCUGUUACAGUGUGAAAUUAACAACUGUAGAACUUUAUAGACUUUAAAUAAGAGUUUUAUUUUUCAAAUCACAAACGUGUUUUUGUUCUCAGACUAUAAUCUGUAUUUUUCUGGAGAAGCAGUGAGACAUCAAUGUCCACAGCUGGAUUUUGAUCAGGUGUCCAGAUGGGAGGGAAUGAGACUUUGUGUGCCUUUGUCAGUGUGCGUGAGUGGCAUUCGAAUGUGUGUGUUGAUAAAUUGCACAGUGUGUGUGUGUGUGUGUGUGUGUGUGUGUUAGAGCACUAAUGACGUGGAGUCAGAGAAAACUACUGAUGGUUUACCAGAAAACACACAAGGCCAGAACUUUUAGUAGAAACUACCUGUUUUAUAUGUUUUUAAAUGUUUUGGUGUUUAAAAUCAGUUUUUCUGGUGUGUGAUGGAAACUGACAACCAGUGAGGCUUUUUUCUCGUCCGGCACUUUACACAAACCUGUUUGUUACUAUUUGAAUGUGGAUCUUGUCGAUUGUGUCUCUUGUUCCUGUUGCUUUUUGUCUUUUGAUGAAUAAAUGAACCGU